GAUUGACUUGUCAUUCUUUUUGUUUUCUUUUGAUGCACUUGUAGUCUAUGGUGAUUAGGAUGGGAUGGUUUUGUUUCUUUUGUUGUCUCUUUGGUGGUUUCCCGUUUUUGGGAUUAACCGGUCCAGUUGAUAAUUUUCAGGCAUUUGAACGGGAGUAUGAUUCUCCAUCCCAGAGGGCUGUGGCUCAGUUUGUUCCAGGGUCUUCAAAAUCAAUGCUCUUUAUGCCUGCUGAAGGUGUUCAUUUUUUUUUCAACUCCUUUUCCUAAAAGCAUUUUGGAUCCUCGAGUACUAACUGGUCCUAGUGCAAAACUGCCACCAGCACUGAAGGCUUUGUUGAACCCUAAAUCUCCAAGGCCUGUGAUGACGCUACCCAUAUAUGUCAAAUCUGAUGUGUCUUUGACUUGUAGCCUCUCAAACAUGGUGGUGAGGGUUAAAAAAUCUUUCUUUAGGUUUGGCUGCUCUGAGGCUGACCUUGUUCUUGGUAGUAACUGCAAAAGCAAUGGCAAAGAUGAAGCCACUGGAGACUUGCUCUUUAAUUAUCCUCUGAAUGUUUGUGGUGGUAAAAGAUCAAUGCAUGAGGGCUGUCUGAUGUAUGAGAAUGUUCUCCAUUCCAAACCAGAAAAAGUGCUAGGAGUAAUCCGUAGGAAGCAGCCUGUCAAUAUUGCUCUGAAAUGCUGUUUUUUCAGGUACUACCAUGUAUACAAAGGUGCAGUGCACCCUACCUGGAGUGUCCCCUCUGGUGUGCGGUCCCUUCAUCAUCCUUCUGGCAUGGUUUUGAAGAUAAUGGAUGCUACCUUUUCUAAGCCAUCUGAAGCUAAAUAUCAUUUGGGCCAAGAAAUCCACUUUCAGGCAGUUAGUUACCCCAACAGUACCAGACAAUGGCUCUUCCUUCACUCCUGCUAUGCAACUCCAAAUCCAAAUCCCAAUUCCAGACCACAAUACACUGUAAUUGACAACUAUGGGUGUAUGGUGGAUAGUAAACAGGAAAGCUGCUCCUCCAGAUUUGAGGCCAAGGAUGGCUAAUGUCGUCUCCUUUACAGUAUCUGCUUUCCAGUUUAAUGACCACAAGCAGGUUUACUUUCACUGCAAGAUGUUUACAAAGAAAAGCCAAGAUGUGACCAACACUGCCAAGUUCUGCACUUACAACAAAAAACUGGCAAGGUGGCAAGAGCUUGGUGGUCAUGACAGAGUAUGUGAAUGCUGUGACUCGGUCUGUGGCCCUUCAGAAUAUGAAGAAGUUAUUUAAAGCCAUGGCCCAGUGGACGUGGUGGGCGGCGGCACACGACUCCAUCCUUGGCAUAGAUGAAUCAAAAGGAUUUUGGCAGUAUUACUGAGGUUCAUCUUGGACAUGAUGCAGACCUAAUACUACUGCACUAUGCCUCAUGAUGUAAAUGUGUAAUAGCUUUUAUCUGAAAACCCUGCCUUAAUGUACAGUCAAAAGGAUUUGUUCCUGUCUCUGGUCUCAUAGGACUCAUUUGUGAAGGAUCUGGAAUACUGUGUGCAUCUGACAAAUGUAGCAAUCUUGACGUGUUGGUAACAUCUGGUGAUGACUUGCCACUUGGUUUAACAGCUCCUUGACCCAUGCCCCGAAGAUGUUGGUCUUGGCCUCUUGAUUGGCAAAUCUGAACAUUUGGUAAUUUAGCCAGGCAGAAAACGGCGUCAACUGUGAAAUAGAGCCUGUCUCAACCCAUGACAAUAGUUUUUCUGAGUGUUGUCAGUUGAAGGUUGUAACGUGUGAUCCUCUGGGCAAACACUUGGGUAAAGUCUUUCAGGAGAAAGGAGAGCAUGAGGUUAUAUUGCAAAAUUUGCAUGCCACUUUUAUCCAAGACACAAAAUCCCAGGGCAAGUAACAGCUCUAACCCCAUCAGAUUUGCCCCUUUUUUCAUAACAUAAAAGCAAACAUUAGGCAGAACAUCUCUUCCAUACUGAAUAAUGAGGUAAACUGAACCUACCAGGGAGAUCUGAGAGUCCCCAUAACCAUUGGCAGUAAUGGUAGGUGGAGACAAGACCUCAGAAAUGAAAAACUGCUGGUAUGUGUUUAUAUGUAAGAGGUACAUAGUAGCACCAUUCUCAAACAAGAGGGGAAUGUUCACACCAUUUAACUUAAAUUAACUGUGCAUGACUUGAAAGUUGCUGGUCUUGAACUCACAAUUUGAAUAAUAGUUACAGUCUGUCCGUGCACAGUAACUGGAGAUGAAAAACAUACCUUAGCAAAGUAAUUCAGUUUACAACAGUUGCGACAGGUCUGACCGUGUGUGAUCAUGAUCCACGGUUUCCAUUUGGUUAAGUCAAGUCAUCCAUUUCAAGCAAAAGCCUUUCAUGAACUUUAUCAUUGCUAAAGCAUUCAAUUACUUGGUGGCUGAUCAUCUAAUCUUGUAAUGCCCUGACCUUGCACGAGCUAUUUAGUCCC